AUGGCGCUCGGUCUGGCCUCGGCUGCGCUGGGUCCUGGUCAGGAGGGGGCGUUGGGGGCAGGGCGGGGGUUGGCCCCCCACAGCCUGCCCCCUGCUGACCCCCCCUCUUUCCACAGCCCGAGUGGGAAGAAGUUCCGGAGCAAGCCCCAGCUGGCACGGUACCUGGGGGGCUCCAUGGACCUGAGCACCUUCGACUUCCGCACGGGCAAGAUGCUGAUGGGCAAGAUGAACAAGAGCCGGCAGCGCGUCCGCUACGACUCCUCCAGCCAGGUCAAGGGCAAGCCCGACCUGAACACGGCCCUCCCCGUCAGGCAGACGGCGUCCAUCUUCAAGCAGCCGGUGACCAAGAUCACCAACCACCCCAGCAACAAGGUGAAGAGUGACCCCCAGAAGGCGGUGGAGCAGCCCCGGCAGCUCUUCUGGGAGAAGAAACUGAGCGGCCUGAACGCCUUCGACAUCGCCGAGGAGCUCGUGCAGACCAUGGACCUCCCCAAGGGCUUGCAAGGUGUGGGACCCGGCUGCACGGACGAGACCCUGCUCUCGGCCAUUGCCAGCGCCCUGCACACCAGCACCAUGCCCAUCACCGGGCAGCUCUCGGCUGCCGUGGAGAAGAACCCCGGCGUGUGGCUCAACACGGCCCAGCCGCUCUGCAAGGCCUUCAUGGUGACCGACGAGGACAUCAGGAAGCAGGAGGAGCUGGUGCAGCAGGUCCGCAAGCGGCUGGAGGAGGCGCUGGUGGCCGACAUGCUGGCGCACGUGGAGGAGCUGGCCCGGGACGGCGAGGCGCCGCUGGACAAGGUGGGCGCUGAGGACGACGAGGAGGACGAGGACGAGGACGAGGAGGAGCCUGACCAGGACCCGGAGAUGGAGCGCGUCUAGAGCAGGUGCCGCCAGCGCGCCCCAGACC